AUGCUACAUACAACUAUGACAUACUCUACAUGCCUUACGUAUCUGAUGGAAGAAUGGAUUUUUCUUGAAUAUCUCCCAUAUGUGAUCAUCUGUUCAGUAGUGCUGGUGUUUAUCAACAUCCUGUUAUUUUUUACAAUUCCUGCAUGUGUGCUGCUUCUUCUUUACCUUUCUUCUUUGGUCCUCUUCAUCUAUGAGAGGACACAUAAACUAAAAGAAACUUAUUCCAGUAAAGCAUGGGAUGGUGCACGACUAAUUAUAACAUUCAUGUGGGAAAGACUUGGAAGAUAUUUGAAUGGUAAGCAUGUUUCAUCUUCAUCUUCUGAAUUGUAUGUUGCCUUUCCCUAAUUAAAACCUUGCUCAAGGCAACUUACAACAUGAGAAUAUUUACCAUAAUUACAAACAUAACAAAACUAGUUAUCAACGUUUAGCGCUGCUCAGCCCUUGCCACCAGGCAAGCGCUCAUGUGCAGGGCAGGGGUGAGGUGAAGGAGGGUCAAGAGUAUUGUCCGCGUUAUCUUGCAGCCAGGUGUUGCGUGCUGGGUGGGAAAGGGGCACAGAGAGUGCCCUUCACCCUCUGCUCCCCAGACCUUGCCACCGCUGUGUUGGCACUCACACAAUGGGCAGGGGCAGGGCGUGGAUAGUGUGUCAUUUGAGGGUUCACAACCCCCCAAAUUGUGGUCUCGGGGCAAUGGCCCCCUUGGCACCUCACACUACACCACUGGAAUCUACUAUAGUUCAGUUACCCAUUCAGAGUUACUUAAUUUGAAAUAACAACCCUUUUGCACUUUGUAUUCCAAACAGGUUACGAACUACAUGGCAUAGAAAACCUACCAGAUGGACCAGGCCUUAUAAUAUUUUACCAUGGAGCAAUUCCUAUAGACUAUGGUUACUUUUUAUCCAAACUUUUUCUUCUGAAGCGCCAAAGUUGCUAUACAGUAGCUGAUCGUUGUGUUUUCAAACUUCCAGGUGAUGUUCUUUGUUAAUUUAAAACUGAUUUCAGGUAAUGUGUGCAAUACUAAAAUAUACCCCAUUUUCCCCAAAUGGUGUUAGGAAGCUUCAGCCUUUUGCAGCAUCAGUUUCCUAGUGAGGAGCGGUUAAUGGAGACACAGGUUAGUAGGUUACUAACUACCAGCCAUCAAAAGUUUUCUCUGCUCGUUUCAGGAAGCAUUGUCUAGUCCUCAGUGGUCAUGAAAAAGCAUCUUAUAUCAUUAAAUUAAAGAAACGAACAGAGGGAGUUAGAAUCUGCUGGAUGAGGCCAAUGGCCCAUCUACUCCAGCAUCCUGUUCUCCACAGUGGCCAGUCAGGUGCCUAAGAGAAGAUCCAAGCUUGUGCAGGAUCACUCUCCCCACUUGUGAUUUCCAGAAACUGGCAAGAUUUUAUCUAUUAUCAAAAUGGCAAAAUCUAUAAAUUUCUCUCUGCUUAGCAUCAAGGGUAAUACUGUUUACACUGGCUAGAUAAGUCCUUCAUUAGAUUAGGCAGUUUUAAUGCCUAGCAUUAAAUAUCUGAAGAACAAGAUUCAGUGUUGUGAGUAUGGGGGUUUAGCCUGCUUGAUGCCUGAGUCCCUUCUGAGUUCCCGGGGUCCUAGAUCCAGCAAGGGUUAAAAUGAAGGAUUCCAUUGUUGAACUAGCUGGGCAAGCUUUUGAUGAGUUAAUGGCCCUUAGUGUAGCAAGGGAAAUUGCUCUAUGCCAGAGAGCAAAUUGGUGGGUCCUUGGCCAAUGGAAAACAAGCCUUUAAUGAAAGGUUCUAUGCCAGGUCGCCAGGUCAUGUGACUGAGUGGACUGGGCUUAAGAGCCAGUCUAAGUUCCCGCUCCCCAUCCCACCACAUCCUCAGAACACCCUUUUUGGGGUGACUUUCAAAAGCCUUUGUUCAGUCAGUCUCAGUUCAGCCAGGAUGAGCAAGUUAUGCUGGCAUAUCUUCAGCUGAGCCAGGUUUGGGGCUGUUUAUUUGUUUAUGUCUUCUUGUUUAUAUUUUAUAGGUUUAAAAAACUUAGGUGCUGUAAUGUGGCUUUUACCUGGUACACAGCAAGAGUGUGUAAAUGUUCUAAAAAAUGGUCAUCUGCUGGGAAUUUCACCAGGGGGAGUUCGAGAAGCACUAUUUAGUGAUAAAUCAUACAAACUUAUAUGGAAAAAUUGGAAAGGUUUUGCUCAAGUGGCUAUAGAUGCCAAAGUGGUAAGUACUAUUCAUAUAUGAUUAUACAUUUGGACACUUCUGAAUGCAUAUAUGUUAUCAAACAAAAUAAGAAGCUAAACAGCUAGAAGACAUGUUAUGUUUUUUAACAUAAAAAUGUUGUUAAUCAAUAAUCUAAAAUUAUAAUUUUCAUGUGCAUGGGAUUCACUUAAUAUAACUAAGAUCCAUGCUGUAAAAUGAAGUAAUAGCGAUCUACCAAACAAUUAUAUUUAAACUGUUACCUGUGGUUAUGCCUGUUAUCUGCAGAGAAGAUCCAAGAUGCCCAAGUAUCGGUCUGUAACUGAUUUCAGGGCUCGAGGCCACUGUCCUUCUGAAGUAACUUGAUUAUUAAGGGGAUCAGGACUUGCGCUGGUCCUUCCAUUUGCAUUAAUUCUCAUUUCUCGGUCUGUAAGAUCCACCUUGUGAAGAUAAAUCUCCAGUCUCUAAAAGAAUCUUUUGAGGAGUUUUCCCAUGUAAAUAUCACAUAAAUUAAUGAUUGCUGCAUGCAAGCACUACUAUUGUGACCUCUGUUUUCUUCAGAACAAAAGGAAGACUACAAGGCACUAGUUAAAUUUCAAACUUCAGCUCUGAAUAUCUUUAUUGACUUGAUUAAACCUUCUGAGUAAGUGAUAUGCUUUUUAGCAAGGCAACUUAAAAUAUUUGAACCUAUGUACAUUUUAUAGUUAAUACGGUACAGUACAGAGAAACUAUGGCCCUCCAGUUGUUUAGUUGAAUUCUAACUUCUACAAGCCCCACCCUGCGUGGUCAGAGGUCAGGGUGGAUGGGAGUUGCGGACCAUCAACAUAUGGAAGGCCACAUCUUCCUGGUCCUACACACAGCUGUUCUGUACAUUUCAGAGUUAAAUAGUGGCACACUAGAAAUUCAAAUUAAAUCCAGACAUGUGGAAAAUUAAGCAUCUUAAAAAAGUAUCUUUCUGCUUCAAGAAGUGCUUUGAGCGGUGAGAAAUAACUGAUUAAAACAUACCCAUUUGGAAUACUGUAAAAAGGUAUGAUAUAAUUCUGCAGAAGUCCGGCCCUUUGGAAUCCCAUUCUAGUGCGGGAGAGAAAAAAAUGGUAAAACAUUUUAAAUGAAAACAAUGGGUCUUAAUUGCAUUUUAUUGUCUUCUGCUCUUGAAAGUGCUAAUUGAAGUCUUCUGCUCUUGAAAGUCAGGAAGUGCUAAUAUUGACUGAAUCUAGAAAAUUACAACUACCCGAUAGACAAAGAUCAUCAUAUUUUUAAAGGAUAUUUCCAUUUCAUAAUUAAAAGAUUGAUUCUUGUUUUUUUUAAAAAAAGUAUGUUGCAACAUGAAGCCUAGUAGUAUUUGUACAGUCAUACCUUGGGUUACAGAUGCUUCAGGUUGUGUGUUUUUGGGUUGCGCACCACGCUGAACCCAGAAGUACUGGAAUGGGUUACUUCCGGGUUUCGGCGCUCGCCCAUGCGCAGACGCUCAAAAUGACGUCACACGCACGCGCAGAAGCAGCGAAUUGCGACCCUCACAAGUGCAAACGCGGCGCUGCAGGUUGUGAACGCUGUGGGUUGCGAAGGUGCCUCCUGCACUGAUCAUGUUCGCAACCCGAGCGUCCACUGUAUUGUAAACUGCCCUGUAAUCUUUGGAUGGACAGUAUAGAAAUUUCAUAGAUAAUAAUAAUAAAUAAUAGUAUCAAGUUAGAAUGGAGAGAAGAUUUUUCGUUAAAGAGAGCACAGGUUAUAACAAAUAAAGGUAUCAUGUACACUUCAGCCACUGAUGUUAAGUUUUACCAGUUUUGCAAAACUUGCUUCAAAACAUGAGAAGCCACACUACAAAAGAGGUGUUUGCUAAUAUGCCAUGGGAAAUGUUUGUGUGUCAUCAGUUCUAUUAAAAAUGACAGUCUGUCUCAGGAUAUCCAGCAUUCACUGUACAUGCUACCUUCUCUAUCUUUUAGCUCUCGAAAGUCUCGCAUUGCCAUCUUAGCUGAUUUCUUGUUGCCAUAGCCUCAACUACCAGAGUAGCCUGGGAGGAUGCAGGCAUUUGUUUCUGAAAAUAAUAUAUGACCUGUAAAAAAAGGCCCAAGAUGUUCACCAUUUCCCUAAGCCAAUUUGUCACAUAUUUAUAAACAACAAAGAUCCCCUGUGCUGCAAACAGAACAAUCUGACAAUCCAAAAGCAACACAAUAGGCUAAUAAUAUAAUUACAACACUUUUAUAUCACUACUGAAUUGUAUCUUAAUUUACAGUCAGAUAACAUACAAUAUAUACAUGGUGACACCAACUAAUAUGAGUUAAGAAAAUGUCCCAAAGUAAGGGAUUUUUUGGCUAGUAUAACAUCACAAAGAAUCACUCAAGCUUGAGGCAACAUGCCUUCCAAGGUAAGUGUAAAGUCAGGCAAAGCACAACAUAUGCAGUGUUUUGCAGGGAAUUUGUUGAAGGAUGUUGGUACUUCAAAAACAGCAGUCAGAUUGUCACAUAUCUACGGCAUGGUCUUCAUAUGACAAAUGGUUACAUAAAAUGUCUACCUUAGGAACACACAUUACCUGACCAAAAGAGCCAAGGCUCCCCACCCACAUGAAGAGGGCGGGAGAUUAUUCCUGCUCCUUUAUCUAGUCUAGCAAAGCAAGUUUCAUGUGAUGUCAUCACAUUAGCAAGUUUUGCAACCUCUUGGCCAACCUUUGCAGAACGAGGGAACUUGCAACAUGCCAUAUCAUGUCUUUGAGCCUCAAUGAGCAGUUUAUAGAAGCUUUAGAAGGGGAAGAAGAAUAAAAAAGAGAAGGGAAAGUAGAACUUUUGGUGAGGAGAGUAAAACAAGACUCGAAAAGGGUCAAUAAGUUGAGCUUAAAUCCUGACAAGACAGAAGCACUAUGGGUGAGCCAUUCCUGUGUUUGGGAGACUGGUUGUGUUUUGGAUAGGGUUGCAGUUCUGCUACAUAUUCUGGGGGGUACUUCAAGAUCCAGCUAGGGUAGGAGUGAUUUUUAUCCACUUCUGUUGGUCUGUUGUCUGUGACCGUUCCUGAAUUGGGAUAGCCUGACUACAAUUUUGAAACAUUGGCAAUUUUGACUAUAUAAUAUUGUAAUGCACUAUUUGUAGGACUACCCUUGAGGUUGGUUCAGAAAUUGCAGCAAGUGCAGAUUUCUAGAGCCUGGUUGCUGGCAUCUAACAGUUGUGUUGAGGAAGCCACUGGCUACUAGUAUGGUACCAAGUUGGACUGAGCAAUAUCUGGUUUUCAAUAUUGUGAUAUUUCACCAGCUAAACAUUUGUUAUAUACUGAUCUAUCACAAUGUAUGAAAUAAGGAUGCAGCUAUGUAGAGGCUUCAUGAUUUCCCCCGCAUUGUGAUUUUUGCAUAGCGCACGCACACACACACACAUUAUUAUUCGCAAUAUAUUGCCAGGUCAAAUAUAUUUUGGAGCCAAGGUAGACUGUAAGAGUGGUUUGCCAGCUGGGUGGGAACUUACAGAAUUCCUUUCUGGUAGCAUCAGCUACCUGUGUGUAUAUUUAUUCUCAAUAUAAAGACUGUCUGAGAUAUCUUGAUUUAUUGCUCAGAUAAGCUUGGUCCGGCACGCUUCCGCCAUCGCGGACCUCUGCAUUCCAAGAGUCCGACUCAUCUGAGCAUAGCAGAGUUUCAACAGCGGUAAGAGGAAACAAAAAAAAACAACUCCAGUGCAUUCUUCAGUGUGCUUAAAUAAAGUCCACACAGGAUCUUAGCAGCUAAAAGCAGUUUUAUUUACAGCAGGCUAUCCAUUAUCUAUCACAGCGAACAGCAUCGCGAAAACACGUCCUCUCUCCUCAAAAGCGAAAGUAGAGAGACAGAACAAAGGCUUUAGCCUCUCGGAAAUGACGCAGCAUUUCCCCCCUCCUUUCCACAGUACGCAGAGCGUAAACUCUGAGCUGUUUAACCCUGUAAGCUCAGGUUUUCCUCACAGACUGAACUUUAAAUAUGCUAACUUAAACUAUCAUCUUUUCUCUCCUCCCUUAGCCCAUCAUUCCAAUGCAUACACAAAAUGUUCGGGAAGGAUUUAGGAUCUUUGGACGAACAAGUAAGGCAUGCAGAUAUUUAGCUUGUACUUUUAAAAUGUUGUGUUCUCCAGCCUGCAGCUCAGUGCCUGCUUCAAAAGACUUGCAUAGCACUUCCUUACACAUGAAAAUAAAUCCUGUUCAUUAAACAGAGUGGGAAGCUUUGCUAAUGCGUUUGUUGGAGCAGCAAGCUCACAUGCAUGCUAGGAGCUUCAUGGUGGGUCUGGACAUUUGUUUUAAUUUUGGUACUAAUGUGGACUUCUAGUUUUAACUUAAAAUCUUUAAAAACUAUUCCUUCUCCUUAAGUACUGGGAGUCAUCACAUCUUGGCUAUGGGCAGAGUCAAUUGGUCAGGAUAACACAGGCAGGGCUAGGAAGCUUUUCCAACCAGCCCUGGACCUCACUGUUGAGCUCACCAGAAGAAGAUAACAGCCAGUGUUUUCUUUUCGCUUCCCUUUAAUUCGAAGGUGUUCAAUGCAGAAACAUUCUUCUCAGGAAAGAGAAUAAGCAGAAUAUACUGCAUGGCUCAACCACUUUCUCCUCACAGCUGAGAAAGGUGUUUUCUUGGGGCACAAGCCAAGUGCUCAAGUGGCUUUCUGCCUCCUUCUGCCAGCCCACACUUGCAGGGAACAAGCCAGCCUCAAUACAAAGUGGCCAAUAGGUUCUCUUUCCCUCCUUUGUCCUAAGCAGGGAAUGAACCGCUGAGUAAGGGAGCCAGCUGGUUGGCCAUCUUUGCAUUACCUCAGCAGCCACAAAAACCUCAUCUCAUAGCACCUAGUGCCCAUGGAUGCACAGAGAGCAGAGGAAAUUAGUGGGUAAUUCCCUUAAGAAGUUGGGAGGGGCUCUCUUGUUUUACACCUUUAUUUUUAAACUAAAAACUAUGAAAAGCAACAAAGUUGGCUUCUGCCUGCUUUACCUCGUUACCUGAAAGAGGCAGAGCCCAAACACUUUGGAGAAAGAUAGCUCAUUCUCUCUCCUUCUGAAAAAGCAAAUUCCCUUUUACCUUAUGUGAUAUGGGACUGGAAUGUGGCAAGAGCUAAAUAGUAGUACUGCUAUUGAUCUCAGCGGAAUAUAGCUUUGAAGAGUUUAGUAUCAAUUAAAGCUCUAGCUAAAACCUUUAUAGCAGGGGUCAGAAAACCUUUUCCCUGUCCCUCUGACCUUGUGGGGGGCUGGACUAUAUUUUGAAAAAUAAUAAUGAACGAAUUCCUAUGCCCUACAAAUAACCCAGAGAUGCAUUUUAAAUAAAAGUACACAUUCUACUCAUGUAAAAACACACUGAUUCCCGGACAGUCUGCCGGUUGGAUUUAGGUGAUUGGGCCGGAUCCAGCCCCUGGGCCUUAGUUUGCCUACCCAUGCUUUAUAGCUUUUUGAGCUUAAACAUACAUGAUUUGAAUGUACAAAAGUAUUAAAGAUGUGUAUAAACCUGUGCCUUUGGAAUAGUAUUGAUAAGAUUCAGAUUAAAAAUGUAUGUACAUAUGGAUAUCCCAAAAACAUUGAAUUCAGAAAAUGGUCUCAGGCAUGCAGAACCCUUCACAUAUGUACAAUGCUGCAUAUUUACCAACAGAUGUUGUUUUAACUUCUGAAGAGCUACUUUCUUGAUCUGCAAUGGAAGCUGUAAACCUUAAUUAGAAGUCUUUCUGGGUGCAGGCACAGCAGUGAAUUCAAAUCCACAAGGACUCCCUCAGUAACUUCCAACAGGAUGCUUUUGUGUGCUCAUUGAAGUAAACAGCAAAACCCUUGUAAUCAGAGUACAUCAAUAUAUGUAUCCCAGCAGUGGAGCAAUGGACUGAGCCUAGUGAGAAGAAUUUUUAGAUUUAAAAAAAUGAUUUUCCUUCCCCCCCCCCCAACAUAAAGGGCACUCACAUUUUUUUAACAGAAAGAAAGCUGAUAUCUUGCUUGUUUCUUUUUUGCCCUCUGGAUUUUAAAAAGGAUUCACUAAGUGGUGUUUUGAAUCUCUUCGGGUGCCUUUUCUUCCUGCAUAUGGUGGAUUUCCAGUCAAAUUUCGUACAUAUAUUGGUAAACCCAUUCCAUAUGAUCCAAAUAUAACAGCUCCAGAGUUAGCAACAAAGGUAUGUUUUCUGCUAAACCAAUAUAAAACACCAGCAAUACUGUUUCAUUAUAAAUGUGCACUCAAAAUAUUCCUAUUUAAGAGAAAUGAGUUGUUAGCUUUAAUAGCUGGUAAUACAUUUACUAAGCCCUCUAUUAAAACAGUUUGAAAAGAGAAAGCGUUUUCUAAAAACAUGUAGGCUGCAAUGCAGUAUUGUCACCUUUAGAACUAUAUUGCUAAGCCAUUUGGAGGUUAGAGCAUUAUUAAACAUAGGCUCAAGUCCUAGAAUUCUAGUUUUAUUUGUACAUGACUAUUGCAGCCUUUUAUUUGUUUGAAAAUAAUAUCUAUAUUUGUUUGAACAGAGAGAAUCUGUCACAAGGUUUAUGUCAGGAGUGGGUAGAAAAUUGAAACUGACCAUGAUCUGUCACCUGGGCAUCUAGUACCUAGUGCUGGUUGCUAUGAUUUUCUUGCAAGGAAAGUUGGUCUGAUCAAGCAAGGCAUUUAUUUUGUUCUUGAUGAACCGUUUGUGUGUGUGUGUGUGUGUGUGUGUGUGUAUGGUGACUUGACAAAGAUUAGGUUGACCCUCAUUUUUUGGCUCCUGAGUAUGCAUACGUUAUUUGCAAAUCAAAAUGUGUUGAACUUUCAAAUACUUAUUGAUUAGAGAAACUUGAGAUGGUGUUUUUUAAAUAAAUAAAUAAACAGAUAGUGUUAUUGUUUUAAAUAGCAUUAGUUCAAUGUGGCUUAUUCUACUCAGUUCCUAUGACCCUGGACAGUAUAUGAUACAAUAUUGAUGUUCAUGUUUAAUAGCCUGUAAUAAGGUUAUCAGUUAGGCAUGUUACUUGACUACAAUUGCCAUAAUCUCUACUCACCGGCUAAACUGGCUGGUGCUGAGAGUUGCAAUCCAAUAACUUCUGGAGGGCAUUGGUUACCCCUGAAUUAGGGUGAGGCCAGAUCCUAGUCGUCAUCCCCGUGAGCUGAAGUAGUUCAAAUGAGGAAUCAUUGUUUGUAUAUAGCUUUGUAGACUUCAUAUGCAUUUCACUAUAAUUUUUCAGGUGGAUUAAUUUACAUGCCCAUGGAGCUGUAGUAGUGAGAUGCAUAACUUUCCCUCUUUUCCUCAUUUUCAGAGCAAGGCAGCACUCCAGGCAUUAAUUCAAAGACACCAGCAAAUUCCUGGAAACAUCUAUGAUGCUUUAAUGGAAAGAUUUCACAAAGAGAAGAAAAAACCCUGA